AUGGCCUCCCAGCUCGACCCCGAGAUUGUGCUGUACGAUUUGGCUUGUUCAAAGGGCCUCUGCUUCUCCCCGGUAGUGUGGCGCAUUCGCCUCCUGCUCAACUAUAAACAGAUCCGUUACAAAACCAUCUUUCUCGAAUUCCCCGAUAUCGAGCCUACACUGAAAGCGCUUGGCAUAAAAUCCGAGUCCAAAUACACGGUCCCUACUAUCCAUCAUGUACCGAGUAACACUUAUAUGAUGGAUUCCACACCCAUCGCGCAAUUCAUCGAGUCUACCUACCCAAAUCCCCCAGUCCCGCUGACGUCAGAGCUGGGGCGUGAGGUCGAAACGAAGGCGCGCGCUGUUGUUAGCACGGUCUUCCGCAACUCGGUAAUGCCACGUGAGAUAAACAUUCUCUCGCCUCGCUCGCAGGAGUAUUUCCGACGGACUCGUGAGGCUGCACUUGGCCAUCCGCUUGAGGACCUUCUUGAAAAAGAAGAAAGCAGCUGGAGCUCCUUAGCGGAUGAAAUCCGUGCUGUGGGGGAACUGAUGCAAACGAACAGGGAUAAAGGGCCUUUUGUAUUGGGUUCUCGCCCGAGCUAUACUGACUUUUUCAUUGCCGGUGCCCUUCAAUGCGCGAGGAUGGUGGACGAGGGUGUAUUCCAGAGAAAUAUCAAGUACUACGGUUACGCCCAGAUUUAUGAAGCAUGUUUACCUUAUAUGGAAAAGAAAGAUUAA